CCACCGAGCCAAGCGGGGAGAGCGGGCACCCCUCCGGCGGCUCUCUAAGCGGAAACAUCCCCUCCUUGCCGGGCAGCCGAAGAACCUCCCCUCCGCCUUCCUCCUCCUCCUCCUUCUCUUGGGGAGGUACCUGCGCGCCUCCAAGAGCAGCAGCAGCAGCAGCAGCACGAGCAGCACCGCCACUACCUCUCGCUUCCGCCUCCUCCUCCUCCUUCCUGCUUCUCCGGCGCUUCCGACUUGUAGCGCCUUCUCGGAGGUUUUGUCAGCGGAGUGUGUUCGCUGGCUGUCUUGUGUGUGCCUGUGUUUUAGGGUGUCCUCCUUCGCGGGAUCGGGGAAGAUUCGGGGGAGCAGAAGAAGGCGCCUUUCCUGCUCCGAGGAGGCAUUUCUCUGCAAGGUCAUCCUGGUUCUCCUUUCGCCCGGGCUGCUGCUUGCUCGCUCCUGAAAGUGGUCUGUACAACUUUGAAGGGCUGGUGGAGGAGGCAGAAAAUUGAUCCAGACCCACCUUGUUGCCCAAUGCAGGACACUUGCUGUAGAAGACUAAUAAGCACAAGACCAGUUGGAAGAAAGCAUCAUUCAUCACUAAACUGCAGCCUGCAUCACCCCAUUUAAUCCAGAACUGAUCAACACCAAAUGAAACUGAUUGGAGAUUGUUAAACAAUUCAUUUCCAUGGGGACUGUACCAGAUCCCCUACAAUCUGCCAAGCUUUCAUUGGUCACUUUGUCUAAGGAGAAGAAUGGCCUAGGAGAGUUGUCAUCCCAUAAAUACCAACACAAGGAAGCAACGAUAGAGAGAAACAGCAAUGGAUAUCCUUUUGGUGCCAAGGUACAGCCCACUGAAGAGCAGCUGUUUGGAGUGAACUGUAUGGCAGAAGCCAAUGUUCCAAAGACUGAGCAGUCUUGUGGGUAUGACACUAGCAGCCCAACCAUGUUUUCUCCGGGGUCCUUCAACUCAUCCAAAGAAGGCUGCUUGGAGCCAGCGAAUAACUCUAAGCAGGAAGCCAGCAGUGAUUCCAAAGGUAAGGUCUUGGUAGAAAACCAUAGUUUGGGACAAACCACACUCAAGACACCUGUGAUCCAAGAGACCAACCAAGUUGGUGGAGAGCUCCUCUUUAGUACAGUUGAUGAUAAAGCAAGUUCUCUGUCUAAAGACGGUGAUUGCAGCAUGAAGAACAAAGCCCAUGAGACUUAUCACCUCCUUCCUAGUCAUCCAGAUACUCCGCAAACCACUCCAGCUGUCAAGCAAAUUGUGGAGGAAAAGUUUGGUCCUGAGAAAAAUGGAGCACCAACUUCAGCAAAGGAGUUGGAACCUGAUUCUGAUAUUGGGCUGAAGUCCCCUGUUUGUAUGGAUGCCAAACCAAAGGGUGCAAAGGAUGCAAGUUCCCAUCCUAGUGCUAGGACUGUGCCAGAAUCUGUACCUAAAUCCCAAUCUGAGAAUAUAUUGCAACCAUCACUCAAGAGUGAAACCAUAGAGGAGGCUGUAUCAGAGCCUUCUAAGUUCAGAGACACAGGCACAAUGACAGUGCCAGCAAAUAGAGAGGACAUAAGCAGGACCUGUCAAGAUGCUGAAGUUCAGGCUGUAGCUAGCAUGGAAAGCAAGUCGGCUUCUACCAGUCCAAGUAUCUUUGCUGCCUUCCUAAAAGAGAACAUGCCUUCUGAGGCAAAGCAGAAACAAGAUCAGUUGCACAUCAUUUACACAGCAGCUGGUGGGAAGGAACAAUCUGAAAUUGUUGACAACUUUACCCAGAAAGCUCCAUCCACUGGCAUCAUGCCUGAAGUGCAUAUUCAGGCACCAGCUGCAACAAAGAAGAAGUUGGUAGCUCAAGUUGUCAGAGCUCAAGAUGACCCAGCAGGCAUGAUGAAUGCAGUCUGCUCAGCUUCAAUGGACAAAGCAGAGCAUCAAUGCCCACUGGCAUCUGGUUGUACUCAAGAAAUAUCAGUCAAGGAGAUGGAAGUACAAACACCAGGUGUGGCUAGAUAUUGUAGCGGCCUUCCCCAGCAAAUGGCGGACAAUUCAGUUUUGCAGAAGACAAGGCCUGUUUAUCAAAUUUCCAUCCACACCAGUAAUCAGCCUCUGGUUCCCUCACAACCUGUGAACAUUGAAACCACACUACCUCUGUGUUCUGCUCUACCAGAAGUCAAAAGCAAACAUCAUCACAUUGGGAUCUCUGUAACAGAAAAUCAGCCUAUAUCUCCAUCUUGUGACAGAUUGCCUGAAGAAGAUAAGGUUCUAGCUACCACUGCUGAUCCUCAUGGUAAGCAGAUCAAGACUAUUGGUGAUGUUGAUGUUAAAUCAAAGAAGGAAGACAGUUUUGUCCAUCCUGAUUCUAAAGAACAGAAGACAAGUAAAAGAGCAGCUGUGGCAGUGGCUGUUGUUGGGUUCCAGGCAAUGUGUCCUCCAAUUGCAGCCCAGAAAGAACAAAGCAAAUUUUCGGGCACUCACAAAGAGACAGGUUCAUUGGGCACUCAAAGUCUUGCUAUUGGGUUGGAGUCUGAGUCAAGCAGCAAUUCUGCCCCAGAUCAAGAGACCAAAACUAGUGAAAGGAGGAAAGAUCCAAAGCUUUCCCGAGCAGAAGCUCCUGUGACAAGCCAUGGCGGAAAGAAGAAAGAAGCCAAGUCUGAGGCUAAAGUGCAGCUGAAACAAUCCAAGAACGUCAGAGAUGUGGUGUGGGAUGAACAGGGCAUGACCUGGGAGGUUUAUGGAGCCUCCCUUGAUCCGGAAUCCUUGGGGAUCGCUAUCCAGAACCAUUUGCAGAGGCAGAUCAGGGAACACGAGAAACUGUUAAAGGCCCAAAACACCCAGACCCGUAAAUCAAUUUCUUCAGAUACAUCUUCAAAUAAGAAACUGAAAGGGAGGCAACACAAUGUUUUUCAAUCCAUGAUGCAGAAUAUCCGGCGCCCAAAUUGCUGUGUUCGCCCUGCUGCUUCUGCUGUGUCAGAUUAAAACAGUUAGGGAUAUGGGUGGGAAAAUGAAUAUACUUUCAUUUCUAGCCAUUUGCAAAAGAGUACACAGAAAUCCAUAGCAAAUAGGUCCUGAAGAUCAGCUUUCUUCCUUAAAUUUCUGAUACAGGCAGGAGGGAGGAAUAGGGACUGCAUAUUUUAUUCCCAGGGGUCAUUCCAUUUUAACUAUCUGAUUUUCUACAAAACGGCAUGUGUAGCUUUUGUUUUUAACUAGACAUGCUUGACCCCAAUCAGCUGCCAGAAGACAAUAUAAGCAUUUAAUGAAGCACAAUUAAAAUGGCCAGUUUACUGUAACAGCUCGUGGCAGCUUGAAAGGCAAAAGAAAGGGAGGGUGUCAGAUCUUUUAAAAAUUAUUGAUAUGUGUCAUCUAGAACUUACACAGAAGGUUUUUGACAAUUUCAACAUCCUUGCAGUAAUGUAAUAAAUAUUCCCAAAUGGAGGAGAAUAUGUAUAUGUACCUGUUUUGGAUGGAUUUUGAAAGAGAGUGGCCUUUUCUUAAAUUUAUAAACUCAAGAGAGUUGCAUUCUAGCUCUUUACUUAUUCCAGUAGAAUAAAAUUCCAAGUACCAGGUCUACCCAGAAGAGGCAUUUCAGGGACAAUUUACCAUCUCGAUUCACACAUUGUGGGGCAGUGAGCCAUUUGUGCCAAUAAUCCAUGUAGAAUACAGUUGUGUUGUGCCAAAAAGACCAUUGUAGCCAUCUGGUAGCCCUAUCACAAAAAAGGUGCUUCGGACUGGAGUAUGAGGGGGACUUCAAAUAUGACAACCCGCAACAAAUUUCAACAGGUGCCCAAUUUUUUUUUCCAACAUUUAUGGGACUCCUGUGUGAGAUUCGACUGUUAUUUAUCAAUGUGAUUUGUUUUUCUGUGGCUGGUGUUUUGUAAUUCUUUCUGAGGUUUUACUUCCAUGCCAUUUUAUCAUUGGGAAGUAAGGAUUUUCCAUGACACAUGGAAAUGUAGGGGAGGGGGUUCAGUGUACUGUGUACCCCUUUUAGAAAAUCUGUUCAUGCUGCACAGAGACAUAUUAACAUGGUAUCGUGGGAAGCAACAGAACCUUGCCUGAAGCAAAAGCUCUAUGUGUUAUUUUUCUGUGGGAUGCCUGUCUUGGCAAAGAGAGGAAAUUGCAUUGACAGAAAUGUGUUAAAAUCGCUGUAUUGUGUUUCAUAAAGCCAUUGAUUGAUUGCCA